UAUAAAACAUCUAGAAAUGGACAGUAGGAAGUAUUAUGGAAGAGAUUAUGUCAAUAGUUCAGUUGUGAAAUAUAAAUCAAAGUCAGGAGCAUUAGCAGCAAGUGAGGAUAGAAGGAAAAUUAACCAUAUCGCUCCAUUUAAGAAUUCAUCGCCAAAUGCCUUCAGGAAACAAUAUGGAGCCAGUGGAGGAAGAAUCAACCCAACAAUGCAACAUUACAAUCCCUCUUUAAGAAUAGUAAAUAUUCAAAAUACCAAUCCGAUUCAAAGUCAGCAUAACAGAAUAUCAAAUAUAAACGGUUCCCCAGAUAACAUGAAAUCUUAUGGCAAAAAUGUCAAUGUGAGUGUCUCAAAAGAUCUAUGUGAGAGGAAGAAGGUAAAACUCCUAAGAAAGCAAUCAAGUAAAAGGAAGCUGAGGCCAAGCUCUCAUAGAAGGGUUUUACGCCAGAACAAGGUACGUGAAUGAUAUAAGAAAGCUCCAUUGAUGAUUUCAAGUAAGAAACCAUUAGAAACUGGCCAGAAAGCCGUUAAACUGAACCCUUCUACGAAGAUAAAUGAAACACAAGCGAAUAAGCAAAGAGAGGUUGGGAAAUUCCCUAAGUCCUCUAACUGGGAGCCAUCCAACUGACACAUAUUCUCUAAAGACAAUCAUAAGGAUCAUGAAGAGAAAGACGAAUUUGAAGGAGAAGAUGGAGAAGAUGAGAGCUUCUGUGGGAGUUCACUUGAUUUUGACGAUGGAGAAGGUGAAGACUCUGAAGAGGAAAAUGACAAAGAGAUGCCACAUAUGGAGGCCGAAGCUAUACAUUCAUUUGAUAAUGUUCCAGCAGCAAUAGAUGAGCAGAAUUUCAUAUCUGAAGCAACUAUAAAGCCAGAAAUGAUGAAGCAUUUUGACAAGAUAAAGAAAGACUAUGGUGCUAACAGUCAAGAAAAAGAGGUUCAGUUAAAGGAUCAGAAUGUAUUAAGUCCAGUAAGAUAUACUUCAGAGAACACAAGAACUCAAAAGAAGGGAUUAAAAUAACGGAUCUCUGAGUUCAAAUUACUCUAAAAGUUUCAAAUGAACCGAAGCAUUAAAUAAAUCUGAAAUUUUUAGAAUCUCCGAUAAUAUGAAGAUCACCAAAAUUGAACCCAGCAAAGCCAGCUCAGUUGUAAAGAGACUUUCCAGUGAAGGCUUUGGAGACAUCCAUACUCCCGACAAGUCUUCGAUGGCUCGCAACGGUGCAGACUACUCAGAGAACCAGUUUUCACGAGGCAUUGACACUGCAGCCACUGACACCAAGUCGCUGACCAACACGACCGAGCGCAAGAGGACAGGCAAAGGCACUCUCAGGCGCAAAAGAAAGAACAUCCACAUCAGGAAACUUAACAAAAUCUAAGACCAAAAGCGCCAAAUCCGUCUUCAAGCCUAAAGAGUGCAUCCAAGAAAAAGCUGAAGAAGACGAAGUUGAAGCGCCCAACAACAACAACGACUUGGAAGAGAUCGACACCAGCUCAGCCAUCAUCGAGCCU